GUUUGGCGAUAAUUUGCUUGCUUUGUUGUGGUCACAGCAUCUGCGCGUUUAUGCUGAAAGGGGUAAGGGCUCCACGGACCUGAGAAGGACGAUGACUCUUGAGAAAGAAAGUUGGAAGAAAGUUGUGGCUUGCGGCUCCGAUGUGGCUCGUGCAACGACGAAGCACCCGUUGGUGACGCCAGUGAUCCGCCGUUCUAAUAAUAAUAUAAAAACCAUAGUUAACAAUGCAGCACCUCACUACCCGCCGCUUCGUUUCUCUCUGUUCAGGAACCAGAUCUCGUCCAUCAACAUCUGCUAGCUUUCUACAUCUUCCAACCCAAUGUCGCUUGGUACUUUCCAGACUCCGGCCGUCGAAAAUGAGCCUCUCAAGGCCUACCAGGCAGGAUCUCCCGAACUCCAGUCGCUGGAUGCUGCCUUGAAGUCCUUACAUUCUCGUUUACCUCUACAGAUCCCUCUUGUGAUCGACGGGGUUUCUAUUUUUCUUGAAGGCGAUGCCACUGUCAAGACGCCUAAUCCCGCAAACAUCUCAGAGACCGUGGCCAUCACCAGCCAGGCUUCCGUGGAGCAUGUCGCGAAGGCAAUCGUGGCAUCGCAGAAAGCAAAGCGACGCUGGGAGUCGUCGUCACUGGAUGUCCGAUCCGCGGUGUUUCUCAAGGCCGCUGAGCUUAUUUCAAACAAGUAUCGCUAUGAGUUGAUGGCUGCUACAAUGGUGGGGCAGGGAAAGAACAUCUACCAGGCGGAAAUCGAUGCCGCUGCAGAGCUGGUUGAUUUCCUCAGAUUCAAUGCACUCUAUGCACAUGAGUUGUAUGCUCAGCAGCCGAAAAAGUCCUCCCCGGGUGUUUGGAAUCGUGCAGAGUAUCGCGCGCUGGAGGGAUUUGUGUAUGCUGUCACUCCCUUCAAUUUUACCGCAAUUGCGGGGAACCUCGUGGCGGCCCCUGCGUUGAUGGGCAACACCGUGUUGUGGAAGCCUUCUCCCUCUGCAGUGCUGUCAAAUUACCUUCUCUACAGCAUCUUUGUCGAAGCAGGACUUCCGGAUGGCGUUAUUAACUUCAUUCCCGGUGAUCCUAAACUUGUGACCGAUGAAGUGCUAUCGUCGAGAGCGUUUGGAGCACUUCAUUUUACGGGCAGCACAGUCGUAUUUCAGGACUUGUACCAGCGUAUUGCACAAAACCUCUCCAAAUAUCGGUCCUUUCCUCGAAUCGUGGGAGAAACCGGAGGCAAAAACUUUCACCUUAUCCACAAAUCUGCUGAUAUCCCUUCCGCUGCUAAAGCUACAGUACGCGGUGCCUUUGAGUAUCAAGGACAAAAGUGCUCUGCAACUUCUCGUAUUUACGUUCCGCAGUCCGUGUGGCCAGAAUUCAAGCAAGUCUUGCUAUCGGAGACCAAACAACUUACAAUCGGAUCUCCUAAAGACCUGACUCCGUUCAUUGGUCCCGUUAUUCACGAAGGAUCGUUCAAGAAACUCGCCUCUAUUCUUGAGAAUCUACAGACUGAUUCCUCUGCGGAGAUCAUAAUUGGAGGCAAACCCGAUAACUCCAAGGGGUAUUACGUAUAUCCUACUGUGGUAGUCGCGAGCGACAUAGACCACUAUGUCUUCCGAGAAGAGUUUUUCGGUCCUAUUCUUGCUGUAUUCGUGUAUGAAGACGACGAAUUCGAGAUUAUCAUGGAAUCUAUCGAUCUUUCCUCUGAUUACGCCUUGACUGGUUCCAUUUUUGCCAAAGAUCGCGAGGCGAUUGAGCUUGCCAGCACAAAACUUCGCAACAGUGCCGGAAAUUUCUACAUCAACGACAAAUCCACAGGUGCGGUAGUCGGUCAACAAUGGUUUGGCGGCGCUCGUCGAUCUGGAACAAAUGAUAAAAGCGGCAGCGGCAAUAUUUUGUCUCGCUUUGUGAGCAUCCGAAAUAUCAAAGAGACGUUCUUUGCUACCACCGAUGUUUUGUACCCCAGCAACAUCAAUUAAAUACAAUCUCAGCUGAGAUCACCUGUACUUUUUCGUUGCUAGUUUCUGAUUUUAUAUAUUAAGCGUAUUUGUUUAAGCCCUAUUGUCCAUAUUUACA